CUUUAUAUUGCUGCGAUGGCGUUGAACCAGGAAACUGCACUAAGAGAAAAACUUAUUCAGCUUCAGUGCCACUUCACCUGGGCUCUCCGGAAAGAGGACACUGAUCUCAGUGACUUGCAAAAUAGACUGGAGGAUGAUGUCAGUUUCAGUUCAGCUGAUCAAGCCGGGGACAAACACUUAUUCAGCUUUUUGGCUUUUGUGAACUAUUUGCAAGACCAGCCAGAAGAAGCACUUGCUAACUUGACAAAGGCUGAAGACCACAUUCGUAAACACAACAAAGAAUGUGAGAAAAUGCUCAUUGUAACAUAUGGAAACUUUGCAUGGCUGUACUACCACUUGAACGACCAUGCAAAAUCUAUGAGUUAUCUGGAGAAGGUGGAAGAUAUUAGGCAGCGAUUUCCAACACAGUCUCCUACUGCUUUUCAUGCAGAGGUCUACGGAGAGAUGGGAUGGACCUUCCUCAUGUAUUCUAGGACAUACCACAAGAAAGCUAAAGAGUGCUUUGAGAAAGCCUUGAAAGAGUAUCCGGACAAUCCUGACUGGAACUGUGGUUAUGCUACAGCGCUGUACCGGGCUGAAUAUGACAGCAACACAACUGCAGAUUCACCAGCUACUAAACAGCUAAGGCGUGCCUUAGAGCUGAGCCCUGGGGAUUCUUAUAUCAUAGCACUUUUGGGUCUAAAACUAGCUGAAUCUGGGAGAUUGAAUGAGGCAGAGGAAUUGAUUGAAAGAGCUCUCAUGAUUUCACCAGACAAACCCCACAUCAUACGUUAUGUGGCAAAGUUUUUCAGAAAACAUGGAUCUAUGGAUAAGGCCAUAGACCUUUUGAAGCUUGCCCUUGAAGAAACACCAAAUUCAGCCUUUCUUCAUCAUCAAAUUGCAAUCUGCUAUCGGAGUAAAAGACCCAACUUGCACAGCAAUGGAGGGAAAAAAAUCAAUAGAGAAGAGUUUGAACAUCUUGAGACGGCCAUUGAGAUGAGGCCCUCCUUCAUUAUUGCCAGGAUAGAUCUAGCUCUUCUACAUGCAGAGAAGGGUAAUUUCACCAAAGCAGAGGAGCUGUUUCAGGAAGCAUUUCAGGUGGCCAGAGAGAAAAAUCUCAACCUGCAAGAUGUUCAUAAAAGUUAUGGUAACUUCCAGCUGUAUCACAAGAGAUCAGUGUCUCUGGCCAUAGAGCAUUACAUGAAAGGGUGUCAAAUUCGGAAAGAUAACAGAGCAGGGGAGCAGUGUGUUCAGAAAUUGGAAAUGAUAGCAAAGAGGCGCAUUGACAGGAAUCCGAGUGAUGGGGAAGCUUUUGGGAUUCUGGGAUAUGUUAAUAAGCUAAGGGGUGACAAGCUUCAAGCCAUAGAGUGCUAUGAGAAAGCUCUUUUACAUAGCCCAGGGAACGGUGAGUUUCUCACAGCUCUCUGUGACCUUCGGCUUUCUCUGCACUAGUCGCUGGCCAUGUUUACCACUACCUGUGCUCACUGUCUGUAACUCUUUGCACAAGACCUCCAUACUAGGCACCAUUAUGGACUCUCUCCUCAUUUUGUAUAUCUCUCAUAACACUAAAGGUCAUCAGAAACAUCAGUAAACGAGGCUUGGGCAGGAUGCCUGAUGCGUUGCCACCAGAGAAUGUUCCAGGUUUGAUAUUACAGGCCUAGAAGAAGCUGACCUCAUCAAAUGAAGCCUCAAAUUACUCACACAGCCAGUCUUGGGCUCCGCCCUCCAAGCUAAGACUGUAAGUCCACAAAAAGUUUGUUACACAGCAGUGAACAUGAGUGACAAGUUAUAAAAUCUGAAAUGCAAAGGAGCCUCUCUUGGAGCCGAUGGUCAAAAAGACGAUCGCUGAAAUCUAAAGGUGCUCCAGACCUGGGAAACAGCAAACCUGCAUAAUUCCUGAAAUCAAUGCAUUAGUGAAUGCAAUUGGAUGCUGGGAUACAUUUAUCAAGUAAAAACUAUGAAAGGUCCAACUGUACAAUGCUAUGCAGUGGCUCUAUUACAUGAUCAUGCAAAUGGAGAACUGGGAAGCUGGUGUGAGCUUAUAAUUUGAAUAGCUGAUAUUUAAAGUGUUUAACAUUGUGUAAUCAUUAUCUAAAUUUUUAUCAUUCAGUAUAUUAAUGUGUAUUCGAUUUCUUGAGUUUUAUUUUAUGUUACAGGCAUAUAACAUGCAUUAUCUUUGUAACUAUUUUACUGUACACAAACCAUCAGUCUCAAAGUGUCAUAUAAUCUAAACCAAUCAGUA